CUCAGCAGUCUCCACCACUCAAGACUCAACUCAAGCCUACUCCACCAAAAGGGCCCAAAGGGAAAGCAACACAAAAGCGCAGCAGCAGCUGCUUCUCCAUUUCCGCAACCCAACUCCGGAACUCCCAACUCCUCUCUUCUCUUCUCCCAGAUCCCACAUCUGCAGCAUCAGAUCAGAGAUCAAACCACCAGCCGAUAUCGCUCUCCAUCGCUUGCGAAUCUUGCGAUGCGAGCAGCAAGAAGAGAGCGCGUGGGUAAUAGAGAUUAAAGAAGGGAGCGGGCCGGGGGAAAGGACCUCCCCCAGAUGAGAUCAUGAGAAUGGUGAAGCAGCACAGCAUGUCCGGCGGGCAGCACGGCAGGAGGAGCCCCUUCCUGACGUCCUAUGCGCUCACGCUCGCCUUCAUCACCUUCGUCUCCGUGCUCUACUUCAAGGACUUCUCGUCGACCCUGCACAAGCCUUUCCUCCACCGGCCCCCGCCCCACCGUCGCCAGAUCAGCCGGCCCCUCCGCCCCCUCCACCAUGGCGGUAGCAACGUCGAGGAACACCGCGCGGCCGUCGUGCAGCUGCCGUUCGCGGUGGGCGCGGCCCCGGCGGGGUGCGACAUCGGGCAGGGGGAGUGGGUGUACGACGAGGCGGCGCGGCCGUGGUACCAGGAGGAGGAGUGCCCCUACAUCCAGCCGCAGCUGACUUGCCAGGCGCACGGCCGCCCCGACAAGGCGUACCAGCACUGGCGAUGGCAGCCGCGCGGAUGCUCGCUACCCAGCUUUAAUGCAACCCUAAUGUUGGAUAUGCUGCGGGGCAAGCGCAUGCUAUUUGUUGGAGAUUCUCUAAACCGAGGGCAGUAUGUAUCAUUGCUUUGCCUCCUGCAUCGCUUCAUCCCUGAGAGCUCCAAGUCCAUGGAGACAUUUGAUUCCCUCACAGUUUUCAGAGCAAAGAACUACAAUGCCACUAUUGAGUUCUAUUGGGCUCCCUUUCUAGCUGAGUCAAAUUCUGAUGAUGCUGUUGUGCACCGCAUUGCGGAUCGAAUCGUAAGGGGAACAUCCAUCGAAAAACAUGCCAAAUUUUGGAAGGGGGCUGACAUUUUGGUGUUCAAUACAUACCUUUGGUGGAUGACUGGGCAAAAGAUGAAAAUUCUGCAAAACUCUUUUCAAGACAAAAGCAAGGACAUCAUAGAAAUGGAAACAGAGGAAGCCUAUGGAAUGGUACUGAAUGCUGUGCUGAAAUGGGUUGAGAGCAACAUGAACCCCAAAAAUUCAAGAGUAUUUUUCGUCACUAUGUCACCCACUCAUACCAGGAGCAAAGAUUGGGGUGAUGAUACUGACGGAAAUUGCUACAACCAGACAACACCGAUCAAAGAUUUGUCCUACUGGGGUCCAGGCACUAGCAAGGGCUUGAUGCGCGUCAUCGGAGAAGUGUUCAGCACGUCUAAGAUCCCUGUUGGGGUUGUGAACAUCACCCAGCUCUCAGAAUACAGAAAGGACGCUCACACUCAGAUAUACAAGAAGCAGUGGAACCCGCUAACCCCGGAGCAGAUCGCGAGCCCUAAGAGCUACGCGGAUUGCACGCAUUGGUGCCUUCCAGGGCUCCAGGACACCUGGAACGAGCUGCUCUACUCGAAGCUUUUUUUCCCCUGAGCUAAGGUUGGGGCAUUUGGAGGGUUUGAUACGCUGAUCCCGUAUUCGGUAUUCCCUUUGACUGAACACAAGUUGAUGAAUUGCAUGUUCAAGCUGGGAGCAUAACAUACUAUCUGGCAAGCUCUCUGGUAUGCUGGAGAACGGCUAGCCUGACAUCAACAUAUAGGUCCAACAUUCUGAAAAACACACGGUACACGAGAGAUGGAAGCUGUUGUAGUUUAUGAAAGGCCACUUGUCCAUACUGUAUUUUUUUUCUUGGCAAAGAUUCCACGCGGCAUGGUGUUGUUGAAGUACGAUUCAUUUAUUGAACAUCUCUCUAUAACCUAA